AGAAACAACAAUCCACUAACAGUACUCAUCAAAACAAAGUGAUAGUGUCCAGAAAUACCCACAACAAAUUGGUGUUGCAUAUUUUUCAAGAUUAACCCAACGAAGCAAAUCUGCAAAAUAUACAAAUACAAUUGAGGUUAGAACACUACUUAUUUUUGAAUUAAUGUCAAUCUGACACUCGACAACAACCAUCAGCCAAAGACAAAUGACAAUCUAACAUCUGACAGUUAAGGGUUACCAUCACAAGAAAAUCAGUCCUACCAAUAAUCCGUUCCGUUUUAACAGAAAUUUUAUUAAAGCAAAAUAAUGGAACAACAAUUUAAGAUGUUACUCGACCAAAUGAAGCUAGAAAUGCAAAAACAAACCAUCGAAUUAAAAGAAUCGAUUACCAAAAACAUAAUGGAUAAAAUCGAUGAAAAAUUAUCACCCUUAAUUACAGAAAAUAAUAAACUAAAAAAGAAAGUCGAAGAUCUUGAAAACGAAAUAGAAUAUUUAAAAAGAGGUAACAAAGAAAAUAACAUCAUUAUCUAUGGAUUGGAGGAAAGUGAGAAAUCAACAUCUGACCUUUUUCAAAAAAUUACAUAUACGCUCAAAAACGAGUCAAACGUACAUUUACAAGAAAGCGAAGUGAACAAAAUACGCCGUCUAGGCAAACAGAAAGUCAGUAGCAAGCCGAGACCUGUGCUCUGCGUACUUAUUAACAAAUGGAAAAAAGACGAAAUUUUGAAAGGAAGAAAAAAUCUCAAAACGAUCUACAUUUCGGAGGAUUACACAAAGGAGGUUCUAGAGAAGAGAAAGGCGUUAAUCCCAAGACUGCAGGAAGAAAAGAGAAAAGGAAAAGUAGCUUUUAUAAAAUACGACCAAUUGAUAGUUAAAGAAUCAAACACAAACUUUGACAAAAGAAAACGAGAACCGUCUACGUCACCAAAGUCACCUUCGAAUACGCAGACAAAAAAGCUACAGACUAUUAGUUCUAUUAAAUCUAACCGCACAAAUGCCUUCGAUAUCAUGAGGACCCGUUCAAACUCUCUGACUAGUAUCCCACAAAAUAACAAUCAAUAGCAACUACUAACAACCGACAAUCG